GUGGGCUCGCGGUUGCCAUGGCUUUUCCGCGCGGCGACCGCGGCUGGCUGCACCGCUAGGCGGAAAGCGGAAGGGAUCUGGCGCUGUCGGCCUGGUCGGCGGAGUACCGGGAGCCCGGUCUCUCGCAGGGAAGCCCAGGAGACGUCUUCCCCACCUCGUUUGCAGUGAGCAGCCAGUGUGGAAGGAUGGCUCUGAGCCACUCAGUGAAGGAGAGGACCAUCUCCGAGAACAGCUUGAUCAUCUUGUUGCAGGGCCUCCAGGGGAAGGUUACCACUGUGGACCUGCGGGAUGAGAGCGUGGCCCAUGGGCGCAUUGAUAAUGUUGAUGCUUUCAUGAACAUCCGCCUGGCUCAGGUCACCUAUACCGACCGUUGGGGACAUCAGGUCAGGCUGGAUGACCUCUUUGUGACAGGCCGUAAUGUCCGAUACGUCCAUAUCCCAGAUGACGUGAACAUCACAGCCACCAUCGAGGAACAGCUUCAGAUCAUCCAUCGUGUGCGUAACUUUGGUGGCCAGGGCAAAGGCCGGAAGGAGUUUCCCUCCAGAAAAAGCAAGUGAAGUGAGCUCCACAAGCUUGUAGUGCUAACUCAGGGUUCUCUUGUGAUCUGAGCCAACUCCCAUCAAGCCUUCCAACCUGGGGCCUGGUAUCUGACACACCAUUUGUCACAGUUGCCUUUCAUGGGGUUCCUACCUCCUGGGCCCACUCUGGGACCUAGAAUCCUAUCUAUAUAUGUCUGUGGCCUUGGAGUAGAUGACAAUCUUCCCUUUUGACCAUUUGUAUCUCAAAUCUUGAUGUAUUGAUUUAGGUAGUUUUUCAACUGUGCCGAUGAGAAUUCUUAAAUAUGCUUGACACAAAUUACGUUAACUUGUUGUUUCUCUUGCAUUUGUGUUUCUUUUCCCAUAAAACUAAACUUGGAUACAUGUAAGUACA